AUGGCAGACCCUCAGCCCAGACACAAACCUAACACGACCAACAUCACCACCAGCAAUAACACCGAAAAACCCACCAUCCCAACAAUCCAAGAGUUCAUCACCCCCAUAACAACCACCCUCCAGGAACAAACCCUCUACCAACUCUCCUACAACCUCAGCAAAACCUAUUCACAUCUCGCAGCCCACUCCACAGAGCAAUUCUUCCCCACCCCCAUCACGCAUUUACCAACCGGUAAAGAGCGCGGGCGGUAUUUGGCUGUUUAUGUUGGUUUGUUUUAUCUGCAUGUUGGAUUUAUCGAGUUGUUGGGUUGCGAUGACGACCAACCCCAACCUCAACCUGAACAAGCGCAUCUCGACGAUCUAGGAGGCAGGAGAAGUAAGUGGCAAAGUAGGCGGUGGUUCACCGUCCGGCGAACUCUAGAAAAGGCGUGGCCCAUCGAAGAGAGAUUGAAAUUAGAGAAUCCGGUUGAAUUUUUUGGUUGGAUUGGGGCUUGUAUUGCUGAGGUUGUGGGUGAUAGUUUGAGGAAUGAGCAGGUAAGUAAUAAUAGCGACGGUAGUAAUAGAGAGGGUUAUGGUUAUGGAGAUGGGGAGGAGAGGGAGUUGGUGGCGGGGAUAUCGUUUUGUUUUCCUAUAGUGCAAAAAUCACUGGAUGAGGCCGUCUUGUUACCGACUGGUAAAGGCUUCAAGCUCGACUCAGACCUGAAUCUUCGACAGGCACUUUUGGAUGGGUAUGAAUGCCACAAAAGGCCACAAUCUCCGCUUCCUUUUCGCCACGAAGAAGAAGAAGAGGAAGAAGAUGGUGAAGAAAAAACGAAUCCAUGGGACGAAUUCGUAAAAUCGGAUACUCAAGACGAGCAUGAAGAAGGAGAAGGACGAACGAAAAAACGAAGAAAACAUUUCUCACUCCCCAAACUCAAAAUCGCAGCCAUGACAAACGACACCGUGGCGACGUUUGCCUCGCUGGCAUACAACAUCAAAUCUUUAAACGUACCCAACAGCCGCGUCGUGAUGGGCCUCAUGGUCGGAGCGGGGAGUAACGCAACCGUACCCAUGAAAGUAUCCGAUCUCCAUCCUUCCAAGACUGAAUUCUUCACCCAGCCCCAACACUACCACAUCGACCACCAAGGCCAAAAUUCAAGCUCCGCAGAGAAAGAAACAGAAACAGAAACAGAAACAGAGACCCUAGUCAGCACAGAAUGGACCCUCCUCCUCUCCAGCCAACCCUUGCUCGACAUGAACAUCCUCACAAAAUGGGACAAAAUCGUCGAACGCCAAUCCAAACCCCCCGGUUUCCAGCCCAUGGAAUACAUAGUCGGAGGUCGCUACAUGGGUGAACUAGUUCGAUUGAUUGUUCUAGACUAUUUCACCAACGUCCUCAGAAUACCAACGGAUGUGUUGCCGUGGCGGUUGUUGGAGACAGGGGGGUUAACGACGGAUUUUUUAUCGUUGAAUGUCGCUUUCUCAUCUUCCUCACCAUCAUCUUCAUCAGCUUCUGGAAUUUCUGCAUGGGAUAAACACGAGGAAGAUGAGGCGUUGGCCAAGGAGCUGAACCAGCGUCUUUCGUCCGCUAAAGGUUGGACAUGGAAUGCCGAAAAGGCUGGAAUUCUAAGAACGGUUGCGUUUGCGGUAAUGUCGAGGUCUGCGGCGGUGAUUGCUGCGGCUACGGUGGGUUUGUUGGCGUGUACGGGCGAGAUUCAACUCAAAGAUCCUGCCAACGGCGAUGAUAUUGCCACCACCACGAAUUCUUCGCAUAUAUCCGACAAUAGAAGAACAUGGAACCACGGUCCUGAAGAACUCGUCGUCGCCUAUUGCGGCGGCGUAAUCCAGAAUUACCCCCGCUACAAGGAGAAUCUGCAACGACACAUCGAUCGUUUGCUUCUACACGGUGGACCACAACAAGGUGGGAAAAGCAUCUUGUUACGCGAAGUCAGUGAUGGUGGUAUAAUCGGGGUGGGAGUUUUGGCGGGUUCGGUUAUGGGGAGGAUUGAAGGGAUUGUUGGGUCUAAGUUGUAUGAUACAUAG